AUGCUCAUUAAUCUGAUUCCUCUAUCCCUGGGUGGACGUGUCAAUUGGAUAUGCUGGCUUCUUAACAUUGAUCCUUGCCAGCUGAGAAGGAUACAUCAAUGGAUUGGCUUUAUUGCUGCGGUAGAGGGUACCGCACAUGUCAUUUUGUCUGUAUUUCAGAAUAUUGACCAGCUUCGGGAAACGGUCUCCGCAGCGGAUAUAUUGACGGGUUCUUCAUUAGCUUUGAUCCUAAUGUCCUUAUUUCCUCUGUUCCGGAAAAAGUCAUAUGAAUCAUUUUCCAUCAUUCACGUUACAGGGUCGGUUCUCCUGGUAGGCACUCUGUGGCAUCAUGUCAUCGGGAGUUCACCAUUUCAAAAGCCUAGAGUCUAUCUACUUAUUGUGACUUCAAUUUGGCUCGUCGACCAGAUUCUACGACUAGGCUGUCUUCUAUACCGAAGUUUGCCGCAUCGUGGGGUUGGAAAUAAAGCUACAUUGGUCGCAUUUCCCGAUACAACUCAUAUCUGCGUGAAGCUUUCGGCUCCAUGGAACUUCAGGCCUGGGCAAUAUGUUUAUCUCACCAUUCCUCGAGCUAGCAAAACCGCUCUUAUACAGUCACACCCUUUCUAUAUUGCAUGGUGGUACGAGUCGCUUGGAGAUCACAACGACGAAAAACCGAAGGUCCACAAGCCGGACACAAUUGUUCUCCUAUCAGCGACCAAAAAUGGAUUCACAAAAGAAUUGACUCGAGUCUCUCAGCAGAAUCUGUUGAUGAAUACGCGAAAGGCACUGAAGGAGAAACAAAUGCCUGACCCUUGUUGGUGUGCCACUUUAGAUAAAACGUGUCAAAUACCAGCAGUUAUUGAGGGUCCUUUCGGGCACGAAGUUAAUCUGGAUACGUUUGAAACAGUUCUAUUCUUCACGUCCGGGAUUGGUAUUGCAGCGCAACUACUAUAUAUGAAGCACCUUGCAGAAGUUAAAGAAAAAGACGGCUCUAAGCGGGUUGCUCUCUUCUGGGAAUUGCAAUCAGAAUAUCAUGCUUUCUGGGUUAAUUCAUGGAUGACUGAAAUACUGAGCAUCGACAGCAGUAAAAAGUUAAUAUAUGUUCACAUCUAUGUGCUGGGUGAUUAUGUUUCUGAAGAUACGCAAGUGGGGAACAAAGCGUCCGCAACAAAGGGAUCGACACAUCGGAUAUACGAUCAUUUGAGCAAAGACAAUGGAGAGUCCUGGUCUGUGUAUGAUCUAGGAUUUGAUGAAUGA